AUGUCGGAGUCUACUGAGCCAUCGAGGGAACGUCGUGGCCAUCGACUAGCGCCACUGCAGACCAACUUUAGCCGGCCAACUGCUGCACAAUUAACUUCCACACAAUUAAAAACACACACUCAACGGCCUCGACCGUCCGAACAUAUGAGCAAUGGUGCAGGGGAUCCGGUACCCCUGCAGAACACUGCGGUUCAGCGACAAUCGUCAAAGAACGGCCUACGCAGUCUAUUCGGCCGCGAUAAGUCAGCACGCGCUCUUACGGCCGACAACAAAUUGUCCGAAAUCAAGGAGAAGGAGGGUGAGCGCAAGCGCCAGGAUUCAGUGCCAACUGACUUGACAUCACUCUCUCCUUCAGUAAUCAGUCCGCGCACCACAGAGACCCCGAAUUCACGCUCCUCUCCUGCCACACCACGCCAGCGGGCCACAUUAAAGACAAGUCGACCGAAGCCCGAAGAUGACAAAGCGCACGAGCAGCUAGGUUGGAAGCCGCCUCCUCUAUUUCAGGCAUAUCCGCAGUCGACUAUGCAUGCAUGUCUCUCGACACCGGAGAUGUCAGUGGAAUCCAUCUUACGCCUUCAUGCGACGACCAGACGGGGUGACGAGGGUUCCAUCUGUCAAGAGGAGACGAAGAAGCGCGAGCAUAAAGAUCGUAAGCACCUACGCACUUUGUCUGGCAUAAUGAGUAAAGUGGACUGGAGUAAUAAAGUCUACGUCCUCGCGACGGCCGGGUUUAUCCUCCAAUAUGCGGGGGAGGGGAAGAAUGAUCGAAUUCCCGAGAAGAUGCUACAGUUGGGCCCACAAUCGGUAGCAUUUGUCAGCGAUGCCAUCCCGGGGAAACACUGGGUAGUACAAGUCUCGCAGAACUCGUCAGCAGAGGCUGGCCCGGCGCCUGCAGAGCCUCUCAAGCCUCGCACACGGCGCUUUGGAUUCCAUCGAUCUUAUGCACGGCGUCUGGCCCGUAAUAUUCUCUUGGUCUUCGGUGACCCGGAUUCCAUGAUUUCAUGGCUGAUGGCCAUCCGAGCGGAGAUUGAGGCUCGUGGUGGACCCAAAUUGACGAUGGAAAAACACUCAGAGGAGCCUGAGCCUCAACUGCGCCAAAGUUCAAAUGUUCGGCAAAUAGUGAAGAAGGAUCCUCAUCGCAUAUCGAGUCUGUUUCUCCAGCCCGUGCACCUGCGUUCUCCGGACGGAGAUGAGGAUGGUCAGCCUUCAAGCGAGGCUUCGUGGAUGAAGCGAAACUCGUAUGUGUCUGUCCACCGAUCGACGAUGGAUUCUAGAUCAGAGUCAGUCUCUACCGUACAGACAGACCCGAAUGGUUCUGAUGCAAACACAUCCUAUCAAAUCUCAGCCACGACAGCAGUCACGGAAGAGCAAAUUUCCAGAGAACUCGACCGUCUCUACACCCGCAGCCCACCUUCCUCCAGCCACGGCAAGCGCCAAUCUCUAUAUGGCUCUCCUUUAUCAGAGGUCCCAGCCGCCAUGGGACAGCUGAAUCAAGCCAACGUGCCGGAUGAAAGCGCGCGAUGUGCCUCACCGCCAGCUCCAAACUUCAGCGUGCCGCUGUUCAGCAAGAAAUUUGUUGCAAAAGGAGCAUCCUCUACCAUGCAGGACGCACGACCAUCUGUUGAUGGUGUCCUGCGUGGUGAGAGCAUCGCCUCGCCUCCACAAUCUCCAACGUAUAGUGCCGCAAGCUCACGUCGAACUGAAAGCACCGAACCAGUAGCACGAGAUAGCGCAGGGCGAAGGAUUUUGCGGACUUCCAAUUCUGAAGAUGUGCUAUCGAGAACAGUGCGUGCAGCGCAGAAUGCACCCAACUUCUCACGCAUUUCUCGAGGCUCUGUCCCGAACAUUGAAACUGGCGGUGCUUCCUCUCGCCCUCUCAGCUUGGUCGGUCAGCUUGGUCUAGGUAUUCAAAUUGGCAACGAGGCGCAUCACCCAACACUUCUUCCAUCCGAGCCAAACUCGCGCACUCGAGUCUCCACCCUAAACGAUCACGAAGUGCACCAGCAGAGUGUGCCCCGUCGAAAGAGCAUGCCCGGUCUUGUCAUUGGACCCCCUGCUGCACCUCCACCGAACUGCCCACUGCCCAAGAUCCCAUCACCAAUAAUAGAGCAGAUGCCGUCGCCAUCAAUCUCGUCAAGCUCACCAGUGAUUGACCUUCCCACACCGACAUCUCAAAGCUCACAGAAAUCCCCUUCACUUAAAUCACCUACGCUCCGAUUCUAUCAAUCGCAGCAAACGAUUGAUCAAAUCAACGCUAGCACGCCCGGCUCGAAAUCAGCUUCCAGAACCUCUAGAUUCAUCCGAUGA